AUGGAAUAUGAAGUCAAGAAAGGGAAGAAGUUUCUGGGCCACCUGACCUGGGUGACUUCCUCCCUGAACCCCUCCAGCCGAGACGAGCUCCUGCAGCUGCUGGACACGGCCAGGCAGCUGAAGGAGCUGCCACUGAAGACCACGGCGGAGCAGGACAGCAUUCUGAGCCUGUCGGCCCGCUGCCUGCUGCUCACCUGGAGAGACAAUGAGGAGCUCAUCUUGCGCAUCCCCACUCAUGAGAUCGCUGCCGCCUCCUACCUGCAGGACGAUGCGCUGCACCUGCUGGUGCUCAAGACGGGUACAGAGGGCCAGCCAAGCCAGGACCCCAGCCCGGACGCCUACUGUAACCUUGUCAUCCUGGCUGUGGCCAACAGGGAUGCCGCCGAGGAGUCCUGCGCCCUCAUCUGCCAGGUGUUCCAGAUCAUCUACGGGGAUCACAGCAUCGAGUGCGUGGACCGGGCUGGCUACCACUACACGUCGACGCCCGACCGGCCGUGGCUCAGCAGUCGCAGUGAGAGCUGUCGCACCGACGGGACAUACGCCUAUGAUGCCGACUUCAGCUCCUUGUGGGUGCCACGCUCUACAAACAGAACCCCUCUGCCGGCCCUGGGGAGUCUCCUGGGUGGGGAGGAGGGCGGGGCAUAG